UCGUCCGACAGCAAGCUCUGUUGAUUUGGGGUGUCUGCCUUUGCCGAGUGUUAGGUGUGUGUAGGCGGUUUUUCGGAUCGCAGCGUCCAAAUACAUCAAAAAGAAGCGAAGCGUGAAACCCGCGGCUCGCCGUCUGGCUGUGCGGCAGCGUGUUGCGACCGCAAGUGGCCGGGCACCACCUGCGACAAUCGAAGAGGGGCUCCGGCGACGACAAAGGCGCCGAUGAACGUCGCGGACGGACCAUCAUGCGAGAACCGCGAGCCUCUUCGAGGUGGACAUGCCUAGCGUCGGCGGUGCUGUUCGCCGGACAGUAGUGCUUGUGCCAAGUGGCUAUGAGUCCCCGUGGGGCUUCGGGAGAACCACGCAGCCUUCCCGUUGUUUACAGUGCACGCUCGCGUAGCAGACGAAGGGAACCUGACGACGACUUCUACUGACAGGAACCGGACGACUGCGACAGUAGGGGCAGUGUAUUUCCCCGAAACGUCUCUCAAAGAUGGAGAACAUACCAGAUCCGGAGAGGCUCCGGAGGCUCCAGGAGCUGGAGCGCAAGCUCCUGGACCACACAUCGGAGAUACAUGUCGAUGGCCUCCUGGAUGCUGUCCAGGCUCUGGUUAUGGACUGCAACAGUCCGGCCCUCCGGAGGAUGAAGAACAUUGACAGCUUCCUCAAUCGAUACGAGAAGGCGGUGGCAAAUGUAUCAUCAUGCCGAAUGAAGCCAGACGACUUCAAGGUCAUCAAGACCAUUGGCAGGGGCGCCUUCGGAGAGGUCCAACUGGUACGCCAUAAGUGGACCAAGCGGGUGUAUGCCAUGAAGCUGCUGAGCAAGUUUGAGAUGAUGAAGCGUUCGGACUCUGCCUUCUUCUGGGAGGAGCGCUUCAUCAUGGCACAUGCCCGCUCCCAAUGGAUCGUUCAGCUGCACCAGGCCUUCCAGGACGACCGGCGUCUCUACAUGGUGAUGGACUACAUGCCCGGUGGAGAUCUGGUCAACCUGAUGAGCAACUACGACGUUCCCGAGCACUGGGCCCGCUUUUACUGCGCCCAGGUGGUGCUUGCGGUUGACACGGUCCACUCCAUGGGAUUUGUCCACAGGGACGUGAAGCCCGACAACAUGCUUCUUGAUGCAAGGGGCCACCUGAAAUUAGCUGACUUUGGAACCUGCAUGCGCAUGGAUGCUGACGGCCUGGUGCGGUCAGACACAGCAGUGGGCACGCCCGACUACAUCUCGCCAGAGGUGCUCAAGAGCCAGGGGGGCGAAGGCUGCUACGGCCGCGAGUGCGACUGGUGGUCGGUGGGCGUGUUCCUGUACGAAAUGCUCGUCGGGGACACGCCUUUCUAUGCCGACUCGCUGGUCGGCACCUACGGCAAGAUCAUGGACCACGCCAACUCCCUGUCUUUCCCGGAGGACGUGGAGGUCUCCCCGCAUGCCCGACACCUCAUCUGCUCCUUCCUCACCGACCGGAAUUACCGGCUAGGAAGGAAAGGUGUGGAGGAGAUCAAGGCGCACCCUUUCUUUCAGAAUGACCAGUGGACGUUUGACAACAUCCGGGAAGCCGUGCCCCCCGUGCUGCCCGAGCUGAGUGGGGACGACGACACGAGCAACUUUGACGAUGUGGACCAGGACGAGACGCCCGAGGAGCACUUCCCCGAGCCCAAGGCCUUUGCGGGCAACCACUUGCCAUUUGUGGGAUUCACCUACUCGGGGGACUACGCACUCCUCUCGACAGCACACCUGCACGGCGUCGACGGCUUCAAUGAGACCGACAAGGGAAAUGGCCCUUCACCGGAUGUUCUUCAGGAGGAGAUCACAGUCCUUCGUGAGGCCAAGGAGGAAGCUGAGCAGAAAUACAGGCACACGCUGAAACAACUGGAAACUGUGUCGGCACAGAAUGAGCAGGCAGCUCAUUUGGCCUCUGACAACCGAGAGCUCAACAAGAAGAUGACGCUGCUUUCGCAUGAAAUCAAAGAGAGCCAACGCAAGUAUGAGACGGAGUGUGAACACCGGCGCAAGGCAGAAAUCAAGCUGCAGGAACUGUGGUCCAAGCUGGAGUGCGAGCAGCAGUCUCGGUCCCAGAUGGCUUCAGCAUCUCAGGCUGCAUCGGAGAAGGCAUCAGCACUUGAAAAGCAGCUGUGGGAGCUGAAUGACAAGCUGAAGCAGGAGGCGGAUGCAGCGCUGAAGCUGAAGAAGGCCAAUGCGGAGCUUUCGCUGAGCGUGGCAACGCGGGAACGGGCCUGCCAGGAACUGCAGGAGACUGUGGCCGCCCUGCGCGGCCAGAUGGGCUCCCAGGAGCGAGAUCUCUCCAACCUGCAGAUACAACUCGAGCAGGAAAAGAGCGCCUGGUCCUCGCGCGCCCAAGAGCUUGAGAGCCGGCGGCAGGCGCUUCAGCUGGAGCUAGAGCGGCUGCGGGAGCGGGAGGCCCACGCACUAGAGGAGGCCCACAGGCUCUCGGCGCGCGUCCUCGAGCAGGAGAAGCAGCGCGCCGUGCUCGAGCUGGAGCUGCGCAACGCCCAGAACCGCCUGGACCGGCAGGCCUGCCCCGACAAGAGGCCCGGCAGCGGGGGCACUGCGGACGGCGAGAACAGCGCGGAGGCCCUGGCAGCACAGCUGGCCGAGGAGCGGCAGGCGCGCCAGCAGGCCGACGCCGCAGUUCAAGACCGCGAGCGGCAGAUGUCCAUGCUCACCGUGGACUACCGACAGCUGCAGACGCAGCUGCAACGGCUACAAGGAGAGCAUCGGCAGGAGGCGGACAAGGCCCAGGCCCUGCAAGCGCAGCUGGACGAGGAGGCCCGCCGACGUGCGCAGCUCAGCCAGCAGGUGGCCCAGCAGGCCCAGGAGGUCGCCCGGCUGGCGCUGCGAGACCGGCAGGCGCAGGCCGCCCUGGCCGAGGCCCGCCAAGCGCAGCAGGCCGUCCAGGAGGAGCUGGGCAAGAUGCGGACGGCAAAAACUGUGGACGACUUGCAGAUGAAGGAGCUCCAAGACCAGCUCGAGGCUGAGCAGUACUUCUCGACGCUGUACAAGACGCAGGUUCACGAGCUGAAGGAGGAGUUGGACGAGCGCAACCGGGCAGUCCAGGAGUUGGAAGAACGGCGCCAGGUGCUCAGUCGAGAGCUCGAGGUGGCCACGGUGCGCGCAGACUCACUUGAGCUCCACCGUUCGGUUCUCGAGGACACCGCUGCAGGUCUUGAGAAAGACAGGGCGGUGCGUGAGCUGGAGCUGGAGCAGCUGCAGAAGCAGCUGAACGCCGAGCGGUCCAUGCACGAGGCCGCCCUGUCCAAGGAGCGCCAGGAGCGGCAGGCCGAGGAGGCCCGCCACGAGCAGCUCCAGAAGCAGCUGGCCCAGGAGCGCAUGCUCAAGCUGCAGGCCGUCAACAAGCUGGCCGAGAUCAUGAACCGCAAGGACAUCGCGGGCGGUGGCAAGGGGCGCGCGGCCGGAGACCUGCGGCGGCGUGACCGCGAGGUGCGCAAGCUGCAGCAGGAGCUCACCCAGGAGCGCGAGAAGUACGCACAGAUGGUCAGCCGCCUCCAGAAGGAGCUCGCCGAACUGCAGGCAAGUGCUCACGAGGAAGGCCAGGCACGCCUCAAGCUCCAGAUGGAGCUGGAUUCCAAAGACUCCGAGAUGGAGCUUCUGCGGCGAGUGGCGUCUGCUGCAGCCUUGACGUCUCCAGAUGCCCUGUCGCCUGUGACAAACUCUGGCGGAGGUGGAGGCCGGGACGGUGACCCCCAGCGCCUCGAAGGUUGGCUGUCGGUGCCUCAGAAGCAGAACAUUCGGCGGCACGGCUGGCGGAGGCAGUACGUGGUGGUAAGCUCGCGCAAGAUCCUCUUCUACAACAACGAAGCGGACCGGGCAAAUGCGGACCCUGCCCUCGUCCUUGACCUGAGCAAGCUGUUCCAUGUGCGCUCCGUCACCCAGGGCGAUGUCAUCCGCGCUGACGCCAAGGACAUCCCUCGCAUUUUUCAGGUCCUUUACGCAGGGGAAGGCGAGAGCAGAAAGCCUGGAGACUGUCCCGAUCCACCACAGCUCAAAGAUCUGAGCACGCUGGAGCACAAGGGCCACGACCUGGUCCCGAUCUCGUUCCACAUGCCGACCACCUGCGAGUUGUGCCCCAAGCCACUGUGGCACAUGUUCAAGCCACCACCAGCCCUCGAGUGCCGCCGCUGCCGCCUGAAGCUGCACCGGGACCACGUCGACAUGCUGGCCCCUUGCAAGGUGGACCCCACCUCGGCCAAGGAGCUGCUGCUCCUGGCGCCUACGACGGACGACCAGCGCCGGUGGGUCGCCCAGCUGCGCAUCCGUGUCGAUGCCUGCGGCUACGCGGCGUCCUCCGCCGCGGCCGCGGCGGGAUCUCCCGGAGCGAUCCGCCUACGCAAGUUUCCCUCAACAGCAUCGUCGAGCUCCAACACGUCGGCGUCGUCGGUGUCUGGGCCCGGUGGCAAGGCGGCUACGCUGCCGAGCCGCAAGUGCUAGUCUCAUCUUCUUCCUCCGCGGACUCUUCAAGCAUUCUCAUGCAAUCCCAGGGGCAAGCGACCCUGCUGUGCAGUCAGUGUUGGUGAACUUGCUCACAAAUAUCAAGCCACACAGGAACUUUUAUUAAACUACAAGUGCACGACUGGACUGUUAAAAUGUUGGUCAUGAGUCGUAAAAUAGAAACGUGUUUAAACUUUUUGAAACAAAAGCGAGGCGAGGGAGAGAAUGUCAGAGUUAGUAUGACGCUUUGCGUCAUGCGCAGUUUAUUUUCUUGGUUACAUUGUGUCUUCCCACCUGACAUGACAAAACGUACCCAGUUCAUUCUGCAUUUGAGGUGUCGUCUCUUGACACGCUACCCCAAGAUGUACAUGACUCGUGCCAUUGUUUCCACUGCAAGAGAGUGGAAAAGCAGGCUCUGCCUUCCUUCUGCGAGUGCUUGUUGCGUACUUCAUGGCCAAUCGCGACUCUGUCUGCUCAAUCGUGCGACCAUUGUGCAUGACUGUUGCAGUGUGUGACCUUGCUCAAAAGCCCUCCGGGCAACUUUUGCUGUGUGCCUUGUUUUUCCCAGAGAACAGUUGUAUUGGUGAAUUGUACGUAGUACCCCGCUAAAAAUGUUUCGCCUUUCGAGGUGUACUUCUGUCACAUGAUGAUAAUCAUCAUAUGCGAGGUUCCAUGCAAGUCUAAGCAUUCUACAUGGGGCCCUAAACAUAAGAUGAUGACAGUUAUUGACAGUUUAUAAUCGUUACACAUUCAUGGCUGAUUCAAAGCAAAAUGAUUACUGUGCGGCAGCAGUACACCACGAGAGGCGUAAAAAUUUUUGGCACAAUAUUGUAAGCCCACCUUUAAUACUUGAAUGGCUGGCCUUGUUAAAUAAAGAAAAAGAGUUGAACCUUUUGCUUAACACUUUACCUGUGAGUGUUGUUUUUAGAUGGUAUGUGUUGAAAUGGUUCUUAUAUCCAAUGUGUACUGAUGUUCAAAUCAUUACAAGCUCGCGGUGUGUGGUGCUACUGGAUUCAAGGACAUUGUUCGAAAUGUUCCAUGAAGUUGUUGACACAGCUUCAGCAGAGCCACACAGAAAAGUGUAUGCAUCACGUUUGUUUGUAUCAUGCAGAAUAUUCAAAGCUCACUCUAUGGUGAAACCUCUUGCCAAGUUAAAAGGAGGUUUGUUUUGUGUACAUAGCUGCAGUCCAUUCGAGCUUAUGGUUGUUUAUAUUGUAAUGUUUGUUGUUUCAUAGCCCUGCAUUCUUCCCAAGACCUAAAAUAUGUUACGGAUGUGAGGAUAGAGAAAGACCUAAUGCCCAAUGUUGCCUUUACUAAGACAUUUUUCAUGUGAAACUUGCGAAAGCAUGUAAAGAACCUGUCAAUUUUUUUUUCUGAAACUUUGUUCAAGUUGGUUGUUGUGUCACAUGUGCCUGCACUGUCCAGCAAUGGUCAUGCAGCGAGUGCUCUCGUUCAGCUAAGGAACAAAAUGUUUUUGAUACUGAAUAUUUGGUGGGUCUUUUGCUCUGCUGAACCUGCCAGAAGGAAUAGGACCAUAUUUUGUCACGACUCAUUCCGCUCUUCAUUUCUUAUCGUCCGACGUGCCCAGUCACCAAUGCCAAUGACACGGCAUCGUGGCGUCUGAGCCCAUGAUGAAAGGCGAAAGGACGAAAAAUGAAAUGAAUUGCUACAAAAUAUGGACUCUAGUUUCCUGCUUAUGUCAAGGCCCAGUUGACCUUGGGCUUGAACUCGGUGGGUUUCUUCAUCUUUGCAGAUUUCGGUGCAGUAUCUGUCGCGUUGCUUGUUUCGAUCCUCUUUGCCAGUCCUUUGUGCCGAAAUAUGCUAGUUCGCCAGCAUGUGCUUCAAUUGUUGUUCUCUCCUUUUUUUUUCUUUUUUUUUUUAGAACCUAAGUGCUGUACCUUCUUUCUCUUGACAUGCCAAGCUGAAAACUGUUUCAUUCCUCCUGGCUGGUACCAUGUUGUUUAGGCGCGUAUGAACGUUUAAAUAAAACCUUUUUUGGGUCUACGA